CGGCCGCCGAGCAGGUGGAGGCGGCGCUGGCGGCUGCGGGCUCAGCUCCGCGUCCCCUCCGCCUCGCGCCGCCCCGGUUGCCCGCCAGCCCCGCGCCUGUGCCCGACCGGCCGGGACGCAGGGGCUGAGCUCUCCGGGGUGCCAGUGCCAAUGCCCUGCCGGCUCCCCCGGGGCCCAGCUGCAGCGCUGCUCGCCCUUCUGUGCCUGGGGCUUCUGCCCCUCCACUUCCACUCUAGCCUUUCCCCCCGGGGGGCGCAGGAGGCCCUCGGGCCGAGUGCUUCUAGUCCCGAGCCCCGUGGGCUGCUGCUUCAGGACGUCUUCAUCGCGGUCAAGACCACCCGGGCUUUCCACCGCUCCCGUCUGGACCUGCUACUGGACACGUGGGUCUCCAGAACCAAGCAACAGACGUUCAUCUUCACCGACAGCUGGGAUAGAGGCCUCCAGGAGAGACUGGGGUCCCACCUUGUGGUCACCAACUGCUCUGCAGAACACAGCCACCCGGCUCUGUCCUGCAAGAUGGCUGCUGAGUUUGACUCCUUCCUGGCCAGCGGGCUCAGGUGGUUCUGCCACGUGGACGACGACAACUACUUGAACCCGAGGGCGCUGCUUCAGCUGCUGAAAGCCUUGCCCCAGGGCCGCGACGUCUAUGUGGGCAAGCCCAGCCUGAACCGACCCAUCCACACCUCUGAGCUACGGGCGCACAAUCGCACGAGGCUGGUACAGUUCUGGUUCGCCACAGGAGGCGCUGGCUUCUGCAUCAACCGCAAACUGGCUUUGAAGAUGGCUCCAUGGGCCAGUGGUCCCCGCUUCGUGGACACAUCUGCUCUCAUCCGGCUGCCCGAUGACUGCACCGUGGGCUACAUCGUCGAGUGCAAGCUGGGGGGGCGCCUGCGGCCCAGCCCCCUCUUCCACUCACACCUGGAGACGCUGCAGCUGCUGGGGGCUGCUCAGCUCCUGGAGCAGGUCACCCUCAGCUAUGGUGUCUUUGAGGGAAAACUCAACGUCAUUAAGCUGCCAGGCCCCUUCUCUCCUGAAGAGGACCCCUCCAGGUUUCGCUCCCUGCAUUGCCUGCUCUACCCAGACACGCCCUGGUGCCCACAGCUGGCAGCCCGAUGAACCACUGGCAGCUACCCUGCUGGGAGGAGUGACCAUGUGACCCAGCUCUGACCAAUGAAUGGGAACCCAGCAAAGCCAAUAGUGCUGUUUCUGGCCGAGGUUUUGCAGCUCCAUACCCUGUUUUCCUGUUAUGAAUGUGGGUGUGAUGGCUGGAUCUGGAGAAGCCACUUUGCCCUCAUGAAGGAAAGGCCAAGACAAUCAUCUACAAGUAUCCCCUCCGGCAUCUAGUUCUGUAUGAAAUUAAACUUUUAUUUAAGUCUGA